UACAAAAAUUUCUCAUUUCUCUGGAAAGCGUUUGCGGGAUUGAAGGUGUAAAAUAUAUUGUAUUUUAAUUAAUAAAAAUCAAGUCCCAACUUACGGCUGGGAAACUUCAAACACCAAUUGCAAGUGCAAGGCAGAACAGAAACACAGGUCAGUAUGCCCAAGCCGGACAGUAAAAAACAAAGAGGGCGAUAUGAGGAGGAUGAUGACGAUUCAUCAGACGUUGGGGAAAAUGAACCCAAUGUUGCACCACACAAUGAGAAUGAAAGCAGUCAGUCCUCAGACGAGGAGCAACAAGAGGGAGACAGCAGUGAUAGUAGUAGUGAUGAUGAUGAUGACGACGAUGAUGAUGAUGACGACGACGAUGAAAAUGAUAAUGACGCGGAAAACAAUUCAAAUGCUGAAAAUGGCCGUGCAAACGAGACAGGUAUGAACACAACCAAUGAAAGCAAUGCGCCAGAACGAGAACAGUCCGCUCAGGAUGCGGCAGAGGACAACGAUGCCCACUCCCACCCCGCACAUCAACAACAACUGCAGCAGCAGGAGGUGCAACCACCGAUACAAGAACAAAAUAAGCCCUGUCCAUCGGGUAACGUCGUAGGCGCUGGUGCUACUGGCAAUGAGGAUCGCACCAGCGCCACAAACUUAAUAGUAAAUUAUUUGCCACAAGAUAUGGCGGAUCGCGAGUUGUACCAAUUGUUUAGCAGUUGCGGCGCCAUCAAUACAUGCAAAAUUAUGCGGGAUUACAAGACCGGCUACAGCUUUGGUUACGGGUUUGUUGACUACAAUUCUGAGGUGGAUUCCGAGGAGGCAAUAUCAAAACUUAACGGCUUCUAUGUGCGCAACAAGCGUUUGAAGGUAUCGUACGCACGACCCGGCGGCCAAUCGAUCAAGGACACUAACCUCUAUGUCAUCAACUUAUCUCGUAACAUCAACGAUGAUCAGUUGGAUCGGAUAUUUUCGCCCUUCGGUCUGAUUGUUCAACGAAAUAUAUUGCGAGAUAAGUUGACAGGUCGGCCGAGGGGCGUAGCUUUUGUACGAUAUAAUAAACGCGAAGAAGCACAGGAGGCAAUCAAAGCGCUUAACAACACAGUACCCUUGGGGGGCUCGCAGCCCAUUUGGGUACGACUGGCUGAGGAGCAUGGCAAGGCGAAAGCGGCGCAGUUUAUGUCGCAAAUCACCGGCGGUCCUCCCGGUCCACAUAUGGGAGGGCCGCCGCAGCAGCCGCCGCCACAUCAUAUGAAUCCACAUAUGCAACAGGCGCCUCACCAUCAGCAUCCGCAGCAGCUGCAUCAUCAGCACCAUCAGCAGCAGCUGCAGCAGCAGCAUCACCACCAUCAACAUCAACAGCAGCAGCAGCAGCACCACCAUCAUCAUAGUUUGCCGCCACCACCACAUCAUAUGCAGCAGUUUAGUCAUCAUCACGCGCAUGGAGGUGGCGGCGGUGCCAUUGGUGUUGGCGUUGGGAUGCCACAACAGAUGCAUGGUGGCGGAGCCGGUGGUGGCGGCAGCUAUCAAUACAAUAUGGCACAUAGAGGUAGAUCAAAUAGAACAACACGAUCUCAAAAACCGCAUCCAUAUAACCAUGCACAGAAAUUUAUUUAAAUUUAAAUUAAUUUCUUUACACAAUUUACACAUUAGCUGCAACACAUAGGUGAAAUGUUCGUGCUGCCAUUGCCUAUCCCCAUUACGCCAAUGCCCCGACCUAUGCAACUGCAACUGCAACAGCUACA